CUUUAAUUCACUCAAGUGGUAGAUAGUGAACCACAUAAAGUGUAUGUAAACUAUGCAGUUUGUGGUGCUUCUUUAAACGUUAUGGUUACCAGCCAGGCACAGCAAUGGACCUAGAAUUUUUCGACAACAACACGGAAAACACCACUUUCGACCCCAACGAAACCUACUCGUUCCAUAUUUACUACUACGUUGAAAUACCUACAGCCAUCGUAGCGAUUCUAUCCAGCUUAGCAAAUGCGCUAAUAAUUUUCAUGUCAAUUCGUUUUCACGUCCUGCACACCAGACUGUACUUUUACUUAGCGAACUGGUGCAUCUGCAACUUCGUUAUUACCGUAUCUGCUCACGCUACCUUGAACGUCUUAGGUUUCGCUGAAAUUGUGUCUGUGACAGCUCUGUGUAUAUGGCUGGAGACAAGCUUUGCGUUCAUGUUCGGGAAUCUGGUGUUUAUAGCAGCUCUGCUCUUGGACUGGUAUAUCCUGACGUUCACUAAUCAAGGCACUUGCUCCAUUCACUGUAGGAGAUAUUACAAGUUGAUAGCGGCAAAUAUAUGGGUUUUGGUGCUGCUCCUUUUAAUAAAAUCAAUUUUCUACUGUCUGGAUUACAUAAGCAUGCCGCUGCUGGUUUUGAUUGUCUGUCUGGCUUAUUUCACAGUGACUGUCUUGAUUCUUGUAAUAUUUGUUCUAAGGUUGAUAAAGUUGAAGUUGUCCAGCUUUGUUGUGGAGAAGAGCAAUUUAGAGUUUAAGUUAGCUCUGUCUCAUUUUUUAUGCUGGCUGCCCAACGUAUUAUUUUUGACGGUUCACAUAAUUUUUCAGUUGUCCAUUAUAUUAGAGUAUCUUUCUUAUAUCAUUUGGUACAGCAACGCGUGCGUGAUAUUUUUGCUGCUGUAUUUUAAUGACGAGAGUUUCAGAACGUGCCUAGGUUCACUUUUUCAUACGAAAUUUAAAUCUUCUAAAAAGGACAACAAAGAUAUACCUUUAAUUGACGUGUAAGCAUUGUUGAGAGAAGCCUGAAGAUGCCUAAACUUGAGAAUACAGACUUUUUUUAUAAUUAACCAUUAGUUUGAUACUUUUUGUUAAACGAUAAGUUUUGCACUGUAAGUUUUAUAAAUUAAGUAAUAAAUGAAAUGUAAAAAUACACGUUACUGUGUUGU